UCACUUUUCCGCUCGACGUCGUCUUCUCAUAUUCAAUUCCAAAACUCGAAAAGCCCCACCAAACCCCGCCACUCUCCACUCACGAGACUCCCCAAACCAAAACCAACUCUCUCUCUCUCUCUCUCUCUCUCUCUCACCCCGCCAUUUCCAACAAUGCCGACCCUCCGCCUCCCCUUCCUCCUCCUCCUCGCCGCCGCCGCCGCCGCCGCCGCCGAGGCGAGCUACCUCGACUACGGGGACGCAUUGUCCAAGUGCAUCCUCUUCUUCGAGGGCCAGCGCUCCGGCUACCUCCCCCAGGACCAGCGCCUCCCCUGGCGCGGCAACUCCGGCCUCGGCGACGGCUGGACGUAUAACGCCGACCUCACUGGCGGCUACUACGACGCCGGCGACAACGUCAAGUUCGGCUUCCCGAUGGCCUUCACCACCACGCUGCUCGCCUGGAGCGUCGUCGAGUUCGGCGGCCUCAUGCCCCCGCCCGAGCUGCGGAACGCCCUGGUCGCCAUCCGCUGGGCCACGGACUACCUCCUCAAGACGGUGUCGCAGCCGAACCGCAUUUUCGUCCAGGUGGGUGAUCCAAACAUCGACCAUUAUUGCUGGGAGAGGCCGGAGGACAUGGACACGGCCAGGACGGUUUUUGCUGUCGAUGCACCGAACCCGGCGUCUGAUGUUGCCGGCGAGACUGCAGCGGCUCUCGCAGCGUCAUCCCUGGCGUUCCGGUCAUUGGACCCCGGGUACUCUGACACCCUCCUGAAGAAUGCCGUCAAGGCAUUUGAAUUUGCAGACAGCUACAGAGGAGCUUAUAGCGACAAUUCAGACGUUAGGGAUCAUGCUUGCCCGUUUUACUGUGAUUUCGAUGGAUACCAGGAUGAGUUGCUGUGGGGAGCGGCGUGGCUGAGGAGGGCGACACAAGACGAAUCUUAUCUGAAUUACAUCCAAAACAAUGGCAAAACACUUGGCGCCGAUGAGAACAUCAAUGAGUUCGGCUGGGACAACAAGCAUGCCGGCCUCAACGUCCUCGUUUCCAAGGAAUUCCUAGAAGGCAAUGUCUACUCGCUCCAGUCCUACAAAUCCUCAGCCGACUCCUUCAUGUGCACCCUCAUACCGGACUCCUCCUCCUCCACCCACAUCCAGUAUACUCCUGGCGGCCUCAUCUACAAGCCUGGCGGCAGCAACCUUCAGCAUGCCACUUCCAUUGCCUUCCUCCUCCUCGUCUAUGCCAACUACCUCUCCACCACCUCCCAGUCCAUGAACUGCGGCUCCGUCAGCAUUGACGCUGCCACCCUUCGCCAGCAGGCCAAGAGGCAGGCUGACUACAUCCUCGGGGAGAACCCCCAGGGCAUCUCCUACAUGGUUGGGUACAGCGCCUAUUACCCCCUCCGCAUCCACCACCGUGGCUCGUCGCUGCCGUCGAUCAAGGAUCAUCCCCAGUUCAUCGCUUGCAAGGAAGGGUCCAUUUACUUCAAUUCCUCGGAUCCGAACCCAAAUGUGCUUGUCGGAGCACUGGUUGGCGGGCCUGGGGAGGACGAUGAGUAUGAGGACAAUAGGGUAGAUUUCCGGAAGUCCGAGCCGACGACAUAUAUCAAUGCCCCAUUUGUUGGGGUCCUCGCCUACUUGAAUGCUAAUUCCAAUCCUAGCUGAUGGAUGGGACAAGCAGGAGAAGCUUAUGUGAAUACAAAAAAGGUGUAUUCGCAGAUCAUACUGAAUCACUGAAAAAGAAUAGACCUUGAAAGGUUGUCUCUCGUCUUAGGCGAAGCUUGCCGAGAGUGAAGAGGCUUCUUAGCUUUUCUUUUUGCGUGAUGUUCCGUCAGUAAAGUCGUUAGUUGUCGAAUCCAGGAGGAUUGUUGAAACACAAGAAGCAUAUCUCCUUGUGAUUUAAGUUGAAAGAGAUCAUUCUUUUCCUCGCACAACCUGAGAAAGUUCAAUGAAAUUUUCUUUUUCUUCCCA